UUUUUAAUCCUGUACUAGAAAAUUUAUUGUGAAUUGUUUUUAACGAAAUUUCGUAACUAGUAUGUCUAAUUAUACUAGUGAAUAGUAUUAUUGACUAAGUUUUCUGUGACUUCAACGGCAAGUGGAAUAUAAACUUGGACAUUAGAAUCACUUGUUUCAAUUAACGUGUACAUAAUAUUUCUUGUUCGUCACUUUGAGAUUAUCUAUUUCUACAACUAAAUUUUCUUAAUUCACUGUGCAAUAUUGAGCUGCAAUAAUUUUGUAAGAGAAUCUUAAUGAGAUCAAUUAUUGUUACAGAUCAUUUUGAACGAUCAAAAACCUUCUGAUGAUUAUUCCUGAUAACAAAUCUCUAAUGAUCGAGGAUUCUUGGACAAUUGGAUUAAAAUUUAUUGUUCCCUAUGUUGUUGCAUAUGAAACGAUCAAUUUCACAAAUUUAUAAAAUCAUUCAGCAAGAUAAAUGGAAUAAAUGGAAAAUUGCACGCUUACCCCACGAAAGUCGAGGUGCUCAUGCUGAGGGUAGCGUAUCCACCGCAGACGAUAGGAGAGAUUCAGCCGUGUGCGCCGGGUUAAAGCUCGCGGCCGCCUCGUGCCGCUUUCCACCAGCCGACAGGAACCGGUUCUUCUCUUCUAGGCUGGCCUGUUCCACCGUGAAACGUAACGAGGAGGUGGUAGAUGACGGAUAUGGAAAGGGACGAGCAGCACCGAUGCCGACACUAGCGCGCGCCCGCCGCUACUGCGGCCGCCACGAGAUCCAUGGAUCGUGGACCGCGAUCCGGAUUUCGUCGCCGUUCCUCUUUGCCCGCGCGAGACGCCAGAGGUCGUGACGCGAGUGGGUGAAUCGCGAGAUGGUAUAGAG